AGAAAUCCAUUUUGAUAUAAAUGAAGAGAAAUGUUUGCAAGCAAAAACACUCCAUUCUCUCUUAAACCCUAAAACCCUUUCCAACUCCAAAUGGGAAGCAACCAAGCCGCAGUCUCCCUCCUAACAAACCUCGCCCGUGCCGCUAUCGGCUUCGGCGUGGGAACCACCGCUCUCAACUCCUCCCUCUACACCGUCGACGGUGGCCAACGCGCCGUCCUCUUCGACCGUUUCCGCGGCAUUCUCGACGAAUCAAUCGGCGAGGGAACUCAUUUCCUCAUCCCAUGGGUUCAAAAGCCCUACAUUUUCGAUAUCAAAACUCGCCCCCACACUUUCUCAUCAAUCUCCGGCACCAAAGAUCUUCAAAUGGUUAACCUAACUCUCAGAGUCCUCUCUCGUCCCGACACCGCCAAACUCCCUGUCAUUGUUCAAAACCUCGGUCUCGAAUACGACGAGAAGGUUCUCCCGUCGAUCGGUAACGAAGUUCUGAAAUCUGUUGUGGCCCAAUUCAAUGCUGAUCAGCUUCUUACUGAACGUCCACAGGUUUCUGCCCUUGUUAGGGAGACUCUUGUCCGACGUGCUAGGGAUUUUAACAUUCUUCUCGACGACGUGGCGAUCACACAUUUGUCAUAUGGGGCUGAAUUUUCGCGGGCGGUUGAGCAGAAGCAGGUUGCUCAACAGGAAGCUGAGAGAUCUAAAUUUGUUGUCAUGAAGGCGGAGCAGGAGCGUCGAGCUGCAAUUAUUCGUGCUGGGGGAGAGAGUGACGCUGCUAAGUUGAUUUCUGAUGCUACUGCUGCUGCUGGGAUGGGGUUGAUUGAGCUUAGGAGGAUUGAAGCUUCCAGGGAAGUUGCUGGAACGCUUGCGAAAUCGCCUAAUGUUACUUAUCUUCCUGGUGGAAACAACAUGAUGAUGGCUCUUAAUCCUGGUCGUUGAUUAUUGCGGGCUUGAAGAUCUGUUUAUGGUGUAAUGGCAUGGUUGGCAUAGGAAUGGUCUUGAAAUUUUUGCUAAAAGGAAGCUUUUCUUUUGUUGUAGGCCCUAUCUAUCUGAUUACAAUUUCAUAGAUUUAUUUUUUUGGAAAAAGUGUAGAAAUAAUUUUGAACCUGCCCGUUUAAGGAUAAUAAUAAAUUUGUUUUUAAACUUGGUGAUUUCAUGUUUGGAAUGUGACAUGAAAUUGAGUAGACUUUCUUGAAGCUUAGAUUCGAUUGAAAGAGAAAAGAGAUUAGGAUUCAUUCA